AUGAAAGACGCAAUGUAUGAUGCGGUCCAGUUGGACGACGAAGAUGAUCAUGGUGAUAAACAGGUGCAUGAAGAGACCAUCCAACUCCAGAAUGGCACACAACUCACUCUUGAGAAGAAUGAAAACAUGAUCACUUCUGACAAGAAUAAGAGGAGCAAAGCUGGGCUUAUACCAGUGAGGUACCAGUUAUGUUUUCUUUCCUUCAUCGGUAUGACAUCACUCGGCACCAUGAGGCAAAGUGUGGGCGUGGCGAUGGUUGUCAUGGUAAACACUUCUUACGUCGGUUACGAACGCACCGAAGGCCAUAUUGCAAGCAGUGACGAUGUAUUGUCGUGCAAGGACAUUCGCAACAAUGACACAGAUUACAUUGAUGGUACAUCAGGGGAAUUCCCAUGGAGUACGCACACGCAGGAGCUAUUACUGGCGAGUUUCUACUAUGGCUACAUGUGCACCCAAGUUCCAGGUGGAUGGAUCUCAGACCGUUUUGGGAUGAAGUGGGUUCUAGGCCUGGGCAUCUUGCUAUCCAGUGUAUGCACGAUCCUAGGACCAUGGGCUGCUCGUACCGGGACCAUAUUUUUCUUCGUAGCGCGAUUCCUCACCGGUCUUGCUGCGGGUGGUGUUGUUCCUGCUGUGUCAUCAAUGUGGUCUCAAUGGGCCCAUCCAGACGAAAGAAGCCGACUGGGAAUCAUAACAUGCUCAGGUCUCACAUUUGGUGGUGUCAUUAGCAAUAUCAUAGGUGGUUUUCUGGUGGAUUCUGAUAUUAUGGGUGGCUGGCCAUUGCCAUUCUACGUCUUCGGUUCUGUGGGUUGUAUCUGGUUUGUAUUAUGGUGUCUAUUCGCUUCUAGUCAUCCAUCAAACCACCGCUGGAUCUCACGGGAAGAACAAAAAUACUUGGAAAAUAGUCUGAAAUUACAAUCAAAGAAAAGCAAUAAAUCUGUACCCUGGUUGUCGAUUCUUCGUUCGCCAAUCGUCUGGGUGAUAACACUUUGUCAGUUUGUCCAAGGAUGGGGUACUGUCAUCAUUAUCACCAAUCUACCUCUUUAUUACACCAGAGGUCUUGGGCUCUCAGUGAAGCAGGCAGGACUGUACUCAGCAUUGCCCUUUGCUUUUCUGUUCUUCGGCCAAGUUACGGCAGCCUACAUAGCAGAUAGGAUAUUAUCACGGAAGAUCCUAGGCCUCAGCCAUACCAGAAAACUGAUUACAGACAUAUCUUAUGGGGGUUGCUCAAUCUUCCUGGUGUGUGCUGGCUUGGCACGGUGUAACGCCAGUCUCUCGGUAACGUUCAUAACACUGGCUUUAGCUUUAAAUGGAGCAGCAUAUUCAGGUUACUUUGUUUCAAUGCUUGAUGUAGCAGGCAACUAUGCCGGUUCUGUGACGGCCCUUGCCAACAGUGCUGCCUCCAUGGGUGGUGUCAUCGGCACAUAUGUUGUUGGUGAAUUAACAGAAGUUCAGUCUGACAUCUUUGGUUGGCAGACGGUAUUAUGGAUCAUGGCUAGUCUCUUCUUCAUCGGUGCCUUGGCCUAUACCUUCGUUAGCCCGAUCCAGCUACAGCCAUGGGCCAGAACAAGUGCAUCAGAAAGUCAUAGCUAAAUAAAAACAUGGAAACAUUGAGAUAUUUAAACUGAAUGAUUUGCGCUAAUAACAAUGAUCAUUUAUUGCGCAAGCAUAGCUAUGACAAAUUUAACAAAAGCAGUCCAUUGCACAACAUAGACCUAAACAUGCUUUAAAAAGAAUCCUUUUUGUACACUUUUACACACUAUUAGAACGUUCCACCCCCGUUAUAUCAUUAGAAGUAAUUAUUAUAAAUUGCAUAAUUAUUUUCUCCUGUA